AUGGGGGGUGUGGCCGGGGCGCCGAAAGUUCGGAGUGGGCGUGGUCUAGCCGUGUGUUCCGGCCUCGGGGCGUGGCCUCCAGCAGCGAGUGGGACUCUGAGUGCCCCGUCAGAGGAGGUGAGAUCCGUGCCCGACCAGCGUCGGGCUGCUGGAAGGAUGCGGUACCCCAGCGUGGCAUGGCUGCUAGGGGCCGCAGUCUUGCUGGUGGCCGCUGCCUCUUGCAGUCACACCACCCAAGGACUCAGUAAAAACUCUAAAGGAAGAAGUCUUAUUGGUAAGAGCAAUGGCUCAUCUCAAGGCACUGGAAAAGGAACUCCAGGGGAACCUGUCUUUUUUGUGGAUGCCUUUUCCGCCUCAGUCCUCACUGGAAAACUGACUACUAUUUUUCUCCCAGUUGUCUACACAAUUGUAUUUGUGAUUGGUUUGCCAAGUAAUUGCAUGGCCCUGUGGAUAUUUCUCUUCCGUACACAAAAGAAACAUCCUGCUGUGAUUUACAUGGCCAAUCUGGCCUUGGCAGACCUCCUAUCUGUUAUCUGGUUCCCCUUGAAGAUUGCCUAUCACAUCCAUGGCAACAACUGGGUUUAUGGGGAAGCUCUCUGCAAGGUCCUGAUUAGCUUUUUCUACGGCAACAUGUACUGCUCCAUUCUCUUCAUGACCUGCCUCAGUGUGCAGAGGUACUGGGUCAUUGUGAACCCCUUAGCGCACACCAGGAAGAAGACAAACAUUGCCAUCGGUGUGUCCCUGGGAAUCUGGCUACUGAUUCUGCUGGUCACCAUCCCCUUGUAUACUGUGAAGCAGACUGUCCGCCUUCCAGCCCUCAACAUCACAACCUGCCAUGAUGUUUUGUCCGAGGAGGUGUUGGUGGGCGACAUGUUCAAUUAUUUCCUCUCACUGGCCAUUGGAGUCUUUUUCUUCCCAGCCUUCCUCACUGCCUCUACCUAUGUUUUGAUGAUCAGAGUGCUGCGAUCUUCUGCCAUUGACGAAAACUCAGGGAAGAAAAAGCAGAGAGCCAUCAAACUCAUUGUCACUGUCCUGGCUAUGUACCUGGUCUGCUUCACUCCUAGUAAUCUUCUGCUGGUGGUCCAUUAUUUCUUGAUUAAAAGCCAGGGCCAGAGCCACGUCUAUGCCCUGUACAUCACUGCGCUCUGCCUCUCCACUCUCAACAGCUGCAUCGACCCCUUUGUAUAUUACUUUGUUUCAAAAGAUUUCCGAGAUCACGCAAAGAAUGCCCUCCUCUGUCGAAGUGUCCGCACUGUGAAGCGGAUGAAGGUAUCCCUUUCCUCAAAGAAAUUCUCCAGGAAAUCCAGCUCUUACUCUUCAAGUUCAACCAGCGUUAAAACUUCCUAUUGA